CCGAAAGCCGUCUUUCAAUACUUCCGGUUUGUUUGCCACAUCAACAAACGAAAAAGCAUGGAAGCAGUAUACCGUCUACCUUACCAGUUAUUGGUGUGUCCAAACCUGAAAUUGAAGCGUCCAACAUGGCUUCAACAACCAUCAGCAAUGACCAUGUUUGCUUUUGUGCUUGGUUCUUAUUUCCUUGUAACAGGAGGUAUAAUCUAUGAUGUGAUUGUAGAACCACCAAGCAUAGGGUCAACAACUGAUGAAAGAGGCAACUCUAAACCUGUAGCAUUCAUGCCACACAGAGUAAACGGACAGUAUAUAAUGGAAGGAUUAGCUUCCAGUUUUUUAUUUACUUUAGGUGGUCUAGGUUUUGUUAUAUUAGACCAAACUAAUAAACCAAGUAUGCCAAGAUUAAAUAGAAUCCUUCUUUUAUCCAUUGGAUUUGGAGCGAUAUUAAUAUCAUUUUUCAUGUCAAGAGUUUUCAUGCGAAUGAAAUUACCUGGGUACUUACAGGCAUAAGAGAUUUCCAUGAGCAUUCCAUCAGCCUUGAUAUAUUUGUUGACUAUGCAGAAACAUUUUUAUCAUGUGACAUUUUAGAAAAGAAAUACUUAUUUUCUAUCCAAAUUAAAAGUAUUUGUGAUAUUUGAUAGUUUAGUAUAAUAAAAACUGAACACUUAA